AAGCUAGCCGAAGCCCCGCCCCGCCCCGCCCCGCCCCGCCCCAACGGGGGCUGGAACCGGGCGCCGAGAGUAGAGAAAAGGGGCCUUUGGUGACCGCCCCUACCUGGCAUCCCUCUAACCCAGGAGGAGCGUGGGGAAAGGGGCUGUGGGCCUCUCGGGGAGCGAGCUGCGGGUAGCGGCGCACUGGGUACAGGCGCGCGCUUUGCUGUCGCCUCUGCCGCUGUGUUUGGGAGGACUCGAACUGGCGCCAGAGCUGAUAGGUGGCCUGCCGAGGAGGACGUGUACUCAUGGUGGCGUCGUGCUCUAGCGCCCCGGAAUAAUCCUGAAAAUGGGAACGCUGCCUCCAAGAGACCGCGCAGCCUGGAGAAGUCGCCAGGGACAGGGUCAGGACUUGAUCCUCGCGGGUCGACAUGGUCUCAUUCCUCUAGCGUUGGGGUGAUGACCUACUGCCCGCCUGCUGCCUGUUACUAUCAUUUGCGUUAGAGAGUUGCGUUAGAGAGUUCGUACAAUCUGCUGAUUCUGCACAUGCCGCUUCUGACCAUUCUGCAGUUUAGAAUCCAAAAGGAAAUAUUAGGAAGCUGUGAUUUUCAAAGCUAAUUAUGAAAACAUUUAUCAUCGGAAUCAGUGGUGUGACAAACGGUGGGAAAACAACACUGGCUAAGAAUUUGCAGAAACACCUGCCAAAUUGCAGUGUCAUAUCUCAGGAUGAUUUCUUCAAGCCAGAGUCUGAGAUAGAGACAGAUAAAAAUGGAUUUUUGCAGUAUGAUGUGCUUGAAGCACUUAACAUGGAAAAAAUGAUGUCAGCCAUUUCCUGCUGGAUGGAAAGUGCAAGACACUCUGUGGUAUCAACAGACCAGGAAAGUGCUGAGGAAAUUCCCAUUUUAAUCAUCGAAGGUUUUCUUCUUUUUAAUUAUAAGCCCCUUGACACUAUAUGGAAUAGAAGCUAUUUCCUGACUAUUCCAUAUGAAGAAUGUAAAAGGAGGAGGAGUACAAGGGUCUAUCAGCCUCCAGACUCUCCGGGAUACUUUGAUGGCCAUGUGUGGCCCAUGUAUCUAAAGUACAGACAAGAAAUGCAGGACAUCACAUGGGAAGUUGUGUACCUGGAUGGAACAAAACCUGAACAGGACCUCUUUUUGCAAGUAUAUGAAGAUCUAAUACAAGAACUAGCAAAGCAAAAGUGUUUGCAAGUGACAGCAUAAAGACGGAACACAACAAAUUCUUCCUGAAGUGAAUUAGGAAACUCCAAGGAGUAAUUUAAGAACCUUAACCAAGAUACAAUGUAUACUGUGGUACAAUGACAGCCAUUGUUUCAUAUGUUUGAUUUUUAUUGCACAUGGUUUUCCCAACAUGUGGAACAAUAAAUAUCCAUGCCAAUGGACAGGACUGUACCUUAGCAAGUUGCUCCCUCUCCAGGGAGCGCAUAGAUACAGCAGAGCUCACAGUGAGUCAGAAGGUCUCCACUUUCUGAACAUAGCUCUAUAACAAUGAUUGUCAAACUUUUCUAACUGGAGCUCAGAGUAAGAAAUAAAGAUUACAUCACAAUCCAA